AUGCCUGCCUCGCAUGUGCCCACUCUCCGAAAUGCGGAGGCCCUGGUCCUUCCCACUGCAGCCCCAGGCCACGGAGGGCUGAACCAGCUGGGAGGGGCCUUUGUGAAUGGCAGACCCCUGCCUGAAGUGGUGCGUCAGCGCAUCGUGGACCUAGCCCACCAGGGCGUGAGGCCUUGCGACAUCUCCCGCCAGCUCCGUGUCAGCCAUGGCUGUGUCAGCAAGAUCCUUGGCAGGUACUACGAGACUGGCAGCAUCCGGCCUGGAGUGAUAGGGGGCUCAAAGCCUAAGGUGGCCACCCCCAAGGUGGUGGAGAAGAUCGGGGACUACAAGCGGCAGAACCCAACCAUGUUCGCCUGGGAGAUUCGGGACCGGCUCCUGGCCGAGGGUGUCUGUGACAAUGACACUGUGCCCAGUGUCAGCUCCAUCAACAGAAUCAUCCGGACUAAAGUGCAGCAGCCAUUCAACCUUCCCAUGGACAGCUGCGUGGCCACCAAGUCCCUGAGCCCAGGACACACGCUGAUCCCCAGCUCAGCUGUGACGCCCCCAGAAUCUCCGCAGUCGGACUCUCUGGGUUCUACUUACUCCAUCAAUGGGCUCCUGGGGAUCGCCCAGCCUGGCAGCGACAGCAAGAGGAAGAUGGAUGACAGUGACCAGGACAGCUGCCGGCUGAGCAUUGACUCCCAGAGCAGCAGCAGCGGGCCCCGCAAACACCUCCGCACGGACACCUUCAGCCAGCACCACCUCGAGUCGCUUGAAUGCUCCUUUGAUCGGCAGCACUACCCGGAGGCCUACGCCUCCCCCAGCCACACCAAAGGCGAGCAGGGUCUUUACCCGCUGCCCUUGCUCAACAGCGCCCUGGACGACGGGAAGGCCACCCUGACCCCCUCCAAUACACCCUUGGGGCGCAACCUCUCGACUCAUCAGACCUACCCCGUGGUGGCAGAUCCUCAUUCACCCUUCGCCAUAAAGCAGGAAACCCCCGAGGUGUCCAGUUCUAGCUCCACCCCUUCCUCUUUAUCUAGCUCCGCCUUUUUGGAUCUGCAGCAAGUCGGCUCCGGGGUCCCAGCCGGUGCCUCGGUCCCGCCCUUCAAUGCCUUUCCCCAUGCUGCCUCCGUGUACGGGCAGUUCACGGGCCAGGCCCUCCUCUCAGGGCGAGAGAUGGUGGGCCCCACACUGCCUGGAUACCCACCCCACAUCCCCACCAGUGGACAGGGCAGCUAUGCCUCUUCUGCCAUCGCAGGCAUGGUGGCAGGAAGCGAAUACUCUGGCAACGCCUACAGCCACACCCCCUACUCCUCCUACGGCGAGGCCUGGCGCUUCCCCAACUCCAGCUUACUGAGUUCCCCAUAUUAUUACAGUUCCACAUCAAGGCCGAGUGCGCCGCCCACCACCGCCACAGCCUUUGACCAUCUGUAGUUGCCAUGGGGACAGUGGGAGCGACCGAGCCACGGGAAGACUCAGCCUGGGACAGGCCCCCGAGAGUCACACAAAGGAAUCUUUAUUUAUUACAUGAAAAAUAACCACAAAUCCAGCACUGCAG